AUGAUAUCUGGGUCCGGCCUCUACGCGGUGGCGAAGGCGAUGGCUCCGCUGUACUUCGCCAUGGCCGUGGGGUACGCGUCGGUGCGGUGGUGGCGCGCCUUCACCCCGGAGCAGUGCGCCGGGCUGAACCACUUCGUCGCCGUCCUCGCCAUGCCGCUGCUCAUCUUCCGCAUGGUCGCCGGCAACAACCCCUACGCCAUGACCCUCCGCCUCCUCCUCGCCGACUCCCUCCAGAAGCUCCUCCUCCUCGCCGCCCUCCUCGCCUGGGCCCUCCGCCGCAGCCGUCGCGAUGCCUCGCAUUCGUCCGCUUCGUCACUGUCGCCGCUCGCAUGGGCGGUGACGAUGUUCUCCCUCGCGACGCUCCCGAACACGGUCAUCAUGGGGGUGCCGCUCCUCGACGGCAUGUACGGCGCCUCCGGCGGCAGACACAUGGUGCAAAUUGUCUUCCUCCAGUUCGCCGUCUGGUACAACGUUGUCGUAUUCCUCUACGAGACCAUCGCGGCCGCUCGCAGCUGCGCGGUCGCGCCGCUCCCGCGGCUGGAGGGAGAUGCAUCAACCGGCACGAAUGUGAGUAUCUCGAUGCCGCCGCCGUCGGAGGGGAAUGAUAACGAGACCGUCGACCCAGCGCCACCGACGGCGCCGAAAGAGGAUGCAGAGAUCGCCAAUGUCGACGUUGCGACGUAUCGGCUGGAUGUGGAGGCGCAGGAGGAGGAAGGAGCGGCGGUGCCGCCGAUGCCGCCGCCGCCGGCGGUGAAGGUUGUUAUGGUGAUGGCUGGGAAGAAGCUGAUGAAGGUUCCAAGCACUUAUGCUAGUUUUCUUGGGCUCCUGUGGUCUCUUAUAUCUUUUAGGUGUGGAAUCAAGAUGCCUACGAUUGUUGAUGACUCAUUAUCGGUAAUCUCGAUCACAGCAGUUGGAUUAAGCAUGUUUAGUAUUGGAACAUUUAUGGCUCGACAAACGCGAUUUAUAUCAUGUGGUUAUCGUAUGGCUAUAGUUUCCACAUUAAUUAGGUUUCUUAUAGGCCCUAUUACUAUGGGUGCAACCUCACUUGUGGUGGGAUUACAUGGCACACUUCUGCAUAUAGCCAUUGUACAGGCUGCUCUUCCCCUUGCUGUUCUUUCAUUUGUUUAUGCAGAGGAAUACAAAUUACAUGCAGAUAUUAUGAGCACAGGGGUUAUAGUUGGGAACUUCGUGUCCGUUCCAGUCACAAUUGUCUACUAUAUUUUGCUGGGAUUAUAAAGAAACCUUAGCUUCGAAGUGGGGA